AUGGACAAUCAGAGCUGUGCGUCUGAGUUCAUCCUCUUGGGGCUCCCCAGCUGGACAGAGAAACAGAGCCAAUAUUAUGCCCUUUUCCUGAUCAUGUACUUGACCACUGUGCUGGGGAACCUGCUCAUCAUCCUGCUCAUCAGGCUGGACUCCCGCCUCCACACCCCCAUGUAUUUCUUCCUCAGUCACCUGGCUCUCACUGACGACUCUUUCUCUUCAGUGACGGCCCCAAAGAUGCUCUUUAAUAUGCAGACACAGAGCCAAUCCAUUUCCUAUGCUGGGUGCGUAACUCAAGUGUAUUUCUUCUUAUAUUUUGGGUGUUUGGACAGCCUCCUUCUCACCUCCAUGGCCUAUGACAGGUAUGUGGCCAUCUGUCAUCCCCUCCACUACAUCACCAUCAUGAGUCAGAGCCUAUGUUAUAUGCUGGUUACUGUGUCCUGGACCCUAUCCUGUGCUGGAGCCCUUUCCCAUACCCUGCUUCUUAUCCGGCUCUCUUUCUGUGGAGACAACGUUGUCCCCCACUUCUUCUGUGACCUCUCUGCCUUACUUAAGCUGUCCAGCUCAGACACCACAGCCAAUGACCUGGCUAUCUUCUCUGUGGGUAUGGCAGGUAUUACUGUGCCGUUCAUAUGCAUCCUGGUCUCUUAUGGUCGCAUUGGGGCCACUAUCCUGAAGGUCCCCUCCACCAAGGGGAUCUUCAAGGCCUUGUCCACCUGUGGUUCACACCUCACUGUAGUUUCUCUCUACUAUGGGUCAGUUAUUGGACUCUACUUUUUCCCCUCAGCCAAUAAUUCCAAUGACAAGGAUGUUAUUGUUACCAUAAUGUACACUCUGGUCACCCCCAUGCUAAACCCCUUUAUCUACAGUCUGAGGAACAGGGAUAUGAAAGGAGCGCUGGGAAAUCUGCUUCAUAGAACAAUAUUUUCACCAUGA